UUGUGUUGCUGUAUAAGCCAACUUUCCUGUCUUGACAGUGCAUUCAAGAUACUGUGCAAGAAUAUUUAUUGCACAUUUUAUAAAACAUCUCAAAAAUCUGAAUAAGAAAAACUGUGACUGCCCAAUGUAAGAAUGUGGUGAUACAGAUACUGAGCACCAACUGGGAAGUAGAAAAUUACUCUACAAGGUUUUUUUCCCCCUUAAGCUUUUGUUUUAAUCAGAGCAAUGUGGACCACGGAACCAUAUGAUUAUGAUUUCAUUUCCUCAACAGACUACACUGAUGUUAAUACAGAUUUACCAAUUAGUUUUUGUGAGAAGGAGGAUUUACAAUCGUUUUCAUCCUUUUAUGUGCCAAUUGUUUUCUACAUAUUGUUUUUUUUUAGUAUAACUGGAAACAUGCUGAUCCUAAUUAUUCUUGUAAAGUGGGAAAAGUUCAACACGGUCACUAAUAUCUUCAUCCUAAAUUUAGUUAUCUCAGAUGUUUUAUUUUCAGUUACCCUUCCAUUCACAGCUGUCUAUAUUUCUUCCUCCUGGAUCUUUGGAAACCUAAUGUGUAAAAUGACAACUGCCUUUUAUUUUUCUGGGUUUCAGAGUUUUGUCAUCUUUCUUACACUGAUGACAGUUGAUCAGUAUUUAAUGAUUCUUCACUCUUGGUCUUCUACUUCAAGAUCUAGAAUCCAAUACGCAAUAAAUAUAAGUGUAAUUGCUUGGUGUCUGAGCAUAAUGUUUAGUCUCCCAGAUGUCAUCCUUUCAUCAACAAAAGAAAUUGAUAGUGGUGAAACUGUAUGUGAAAUAUUAACGUUUGAAGAUGACCAAAAAAAAUGGUGGAUAGAAAUAGGGCAUUAUAAACACUUUUCUCUAUUUUUUAUUGUCCCUAUUGUUAUUAUAGUUGCUUGUUAUAUAGGCAUAGCUUUAAAACUCACAACAUGCAACAUCCGAAGGAAAGCUAAAGUUCUAAAACUCAUAUUUGUCAUUGCCUUCCUUUUCUUACUUUGUUGGGUCCCCUAUAAUAUUACUAUGAUCCUUAUGUUUCAAGAAACCAUUGAAUCUUUUAAAAAUUGUUAUAGUAUUCUGCACUAUUUAUUUUACAUCUUUCAAAUGCUUUUGUAUUUUCACUGCUGCACAAAUCCUCUCCUUUAUACAUUCUUAGGAACCAAAUUCAGAAGGUAUUUUAGUUGCUCAUUUUCGAGACUUUGUUUACCAAGAGUAAUGUCAAUGGAGCAUGAUAUGAGCCUUAGAACAAGCAUGUUAAAUGCAGUUUAAAAACAAAACUUUGACUAAUUUCCCUUCCACACUAUGAGGCAAAUAUUCCCUGCCAAAGGGUUUGAAUUCAGAUCCACCCUUUUCCAUUUGAAAAAUAUAGAAGAUUUUACUGAAGAUGUUACUGUUCUUUGCACUUCAAUUUGAUUCACUGCAUUGGAGAGUAUAGACAUUUUUACAUCACUUCUAUAGACAUAUGGGGGGGGGGUCAAUCUGGGGUCUAUACAUUCUAAUUUUAGAGGCAUUCAACCUCAAAAAUGAAAAUAUCCAGCUGCAUUGCAUAUUCACCCUGUAAUUAAUGGAAAGCAGUUUGCUGCUAGCUUGUACAAGAAGGACUGUUAGUACUGACCAUUUGUCAGUAAGGGCUAUAAAUAUUCUAUAUAUUAUAAAUAUGUAGGUAACCCCUCUGCCCCAUAUGUAGCACACUGCAGUGACAUCUUGGGUGUAAGUCACAUCUGUAGGCCCAAAUGUUUGCUUUUCUUAAUGCCCAUGGCAUUUCUCAGUCAUCAGAGAAUCUCUUUGAAACAGAGACUCGCAGCAAUACAAGAAAGGCAGACUAUAGUGUGCAAAGUGCAAAAAAAAAACUUGUAGCCUUUUUUUGCAUUUUGCACACAGUGUCUGUAAAUCAAAUAAUGCCUAGUAUAAAGUACAUUUAUGUUCAAUGUACUGUAUGUUUGAUUUUAAAAAAAAAAGUACUGUAUGUCGAAAAAAGGAAAUAUUUAUUUAUGCAAUGAGCAGUUAAGGCAGCAACUGUCUGCUUUUGAAUAUAUAAAUAAGAAGUUUCCACAAGACAGAAAAACGUAAAUACAAAUAGGGCCUCUGCUCUGCUGUGUGUACCUUCACACAAGCAGAAGCUGCACUUUUUAAUGGCAACAGUGGCGUAACUAGAUAUGUUGGUUAUGAUGGCUCAUACAGUAACACCAAUGCAAACUAAGAUUUCAACAUCAUAAGCUUUUCAAUAAAUGCUGGCGUGUUAUGGUGGCACUAUGGAGUUAUUUAAAGAUUACUUUACUGCUUUGCAUUAUUAUGUAAGGAUCUUUUAACAAUAAUUAAUUGUAUGCAAGUUUAAAUAAAGUAAUAUAUUUAAUUAUUAAA